AUGGCGACGUCUAAUUUGUUAAAGAACAAGGGGUCCCUGCAGUUUGAGGACAAGUGGGAUCUGAUGCGGCCCAUCGUCCUCAAGCUGCUCAGACAGGAAGCUGUCACCAAGCAACAGUGGUUCGACUUGUUCUCAGAUGUUCAUGCUGUGUGUCUAUGGGAUGACAAAGGACCGGCCAAAAUCCACCAAGCCCUCAAAGACGACAUCCUCGACUUCAUCAAACAAGCACAAGCUCGAGUGCUGAGCCAUCAGGACGAUACGGCGCUCCUCAAAGCCUACAUUGUGGAGUGGAGGAAGUUCUUCACCCAGUGCGACAUCCUGCCCAAACCCUUCUGUCAGCUGGAGAUCACACUGAUGGGAAAACAAGGCAGCAACAAGAAAACCAACAUGGAGGACAGCAUUGUUCGCAAGCUGAUGCUGGACACGUGGAACGAGUCGAUCUUUUCAAACAUUAAGAGUCGCCUGCAGGACAGCGCCAUGAAGCUGGUGCACGCCGAGCGGCUGGGCGAGGCCUUUGACUCUCAGCUCGUGAUAGGUGUACGAGAGUCAUAUGUCAACCUCUGCUCUAACCCAGAGGACAAGCUGCAGAUCUACAGGGAUAACUUUGAGAAAGCCUACCUGGACUCUACAGAGAGGUUCUACAGAACUCAGGCGCCGUCCUACCUGCAGCAGAACGGUGUCCAGAACUACAUGAAAUAUGCAGAUGCGAAGCUGAGGGAGGAGGAGAAGAGAGCGCUUAGAUAUCUAGAAACACGUCGUGAAUGUAACUCUGUUCAAGCACUGAUGGAGUGUUGCGUGAACGCUCUGGUGACCUCGUUCAAAGAGACGAUCCUCGCCGAAUGUCCAGGAAUGAUCAAACGCAACGAGACAGUCAAGCUGCACCUCAUGUUUUCACUGAUGGACAAGGUUCCCAACGGGAUCGAGCCCAUGCUGAAAGACCUGGAGGAGCAUAUCAUCAGUGCUGGACUAGCGGACAUGGUGGCUGCUGCCGAGACUAUCACUACUGACUCUGAAAAGUAUGUGGAGCAGCUGCUGACUUUGUUUAACCGCUUCAGUAAGCUGGUAAAGGAGGCUUUCCAGGAUGACCCACGCUUCCUCACAGCAAGAGAUAAGGCUUACAAAGCGGUCGUCAAUGAUGCCACAAUCUUCAAACUGGAGCUGCCGAUGAAACAGAAAGGGGUGGGAAUGAAGACUCAGCCGGAGUCAAAGUGUCCGGAGCUGCUGGCAAACUACUGUGACAUGCUGCUAAGGAAAACCCCGCUCAGCAAGAAACUGACCUCAGAGGAAAUCGAGCUCAAACUCAAAGAAGUGCUCUUGGUGCUGAAAUACGUCCAGAACAAAGACGUGUUCAUGCGUUACCACAAAGCUCACCUGACCAGGCGCCUGAUCCUGGACAUUUCUGCCGACAGCGAGAUUGAAGAGAACAUGGUGGAGUGGCUGAGAGAAGUAGGAAUGCCUGCUGAUUAUGUGAACAAGCUUGCCAGGAUGUUUCAGGACAUCAAGGUGUCAGAGGACCUCAAUCAGGUCUUCAAAGAGAUGCACAAACACAACAAGCUGGCACUGCCAGCGGACAGCGUGAACAUUAAGAUCCUGAACGCUGGCGCCUGGUCACGAAGCAGUGAGAAGGUUUUCGUCUCGCUGCCCACAGAGCUGGAGGACCUGAUCCCCGAGGUGGAGGACUUCUACAAGAGGAAUCACAGCGGUCGGAAGCUCCACUGGCAUCACCUCAUGUCCAACGGCAUUAUCACCUUUAAAAAUGAAGUGGGGCAGUACGACCUGGAGGUGACGACGUUCCAGCUCGCCGUGUUGUUUGCCUGGAAUCAGAGACCCAGAGAGCGAAUCAGCUUCGAGAACCUCAAACUGGCCACAGAGCUGCCCGACGCAGAGCUACGCCGAACACUCUGGUCUCUGGUCGCCUUCCCAAAGCUGAAGAGGCAGGUGUUGUCUUACGACCCACCAGUGAGCUCACCCAAAGACUUCACAGACGGCACGCUCUUCUACGUCAACCAGGAGUUCUCUCUCAUUAAAAACUCCAAAGUCCAGAAGCGGGGAAAGAUCAAUUUGAUUGGUCGUCUGCAGCUGACCACAGAGCGAAUGAGAGAAGAGGAGAAUGAAGGAAUCGUUCAGCUCAGAAUACUCAGAACUCAGGAGGCCAUCAUCCAAAUCAUGAAGAUGAGGAAGCGGAUCAGCAACGCACAGCUGCAGACGGAGCUGGUGGAGAUCCUGAAGAACAUGUUUCUGCCUCAGAAAAAGAUGAUAAAAGAGCAGAUCGAGUGGCUCAUCGAGCACAAAUACAUAAAGAGGGACGAGGCGGACAUCAACACCUUCAUCUACAUGGCCUAGGCAGCGAGCACGGAGUGUGUGUUUUGCUGUUUUUUACGACUGGCCUGCAUCUGGCGCUUUAAAACCUGCGAGAUGAGACAGACGAGGAGUUAAAGGAUGUGUUUGAAGAAGGAGAAGAGGGUCGGGAGCGCGCUGAAGGACACGGAAAAGCCUUUUUAACAAAACUGUGGCUAUUGUUUGUGUUUGUGAGACGCCAGUGUGUUACCGGAGUGUCAUUUCAAGCCGUAGCGUUGAGUCAUCUGGCCGUGUGUUUGUCCCUGCUGCCCUCUAGUGUCUGCUCAGAGGAGAGGAACGGCGGCAUGCGCUGUCCGCCAGCAGCUCAGAAGAAGAAAAAAUAGUGAUGUAAUUGAAUACUUCCUGCCUUACUUUCAUCAGCAGUGGACUGCGGAGAAGGAGGUGGAGGAGUGAGGACAGAAAAGGAGAACAAAGCUGAUAUCAGUCCUUUGCUUUCACUUCAUGCGACGGCUGCCAUCUUAGCUGCAGCCACUUAGCAUCCCUCCUGUCCUACACUGAUCUAAUACUCAAAGAGGGAAUGCAGAGUGAAAGCUGCCAUCGAGGAGGAGAGAGACGAGUUCAAACUACCGAGGAGUAUUUUGCCAAAUCGUGUGUGUGUGUGUUUGAGUGCAUGGUGUGUAUCUGAUCUUUUAGUUGUGCGUGUUUGUAUGUGUGUGUGCACUUUCAACAGCAUGCUGCUCUAUGAUUUUUUUCCCCCUUCAGUGGAGAAUCUGUCACAUUUUGUGGUUGUAUCGGAAAGGGUUGGGAAUUUAAAUGCUGGUAUUCAGAUUUUCUUUUGUGAUCCCCUGACCGG